AUGGACGCCAAGAACACCUACUCGACAACCACUGGCAACAGUUGCUAUCACCGAAACAGUGGUCAAACACCGCCGAUGACGGCCUCAGCCAAGUGUGCGUCCAUGGGAUCAAGUGUCCAAUACAUCUAUGAGUUGCCAUACAAUUGUCGCAAACAGUUGUGCGACCUCUUGGACGCGGACCAGUCGUGGCGGCAAUUGGGCGGUCAGUACAUGAACCUCAACGACACCUCUUUGACGCUCAUAUCGCACGCACUGAUCCGCAACUCUUCGCCCACCAACGAGUUGCUCACCAAAUGGGAGACCAGUGCCGCCAAAGUGAGCCAAUUGUUCAUCAAUUUGGCGCAAAUGGGACACAAGAGAGCGAUGCUUAUACUGAAGCCUUAUGUGGAGCCACGGCUGAGACAGUUGUGUCCCGACGCCGAUGCCGACGAAGAUCACUACGAUUUGUCGGCCAUUCAAGCGGUGGCCGCCGCUAUGAAUCCGUCACUCAAUCCGUCACUCAAUCCAUCGCUAAAUCAGAUGCAAAACAAUUUGUUUGUCGAAAAUAACGGCAAAACUUACGAACAAAACACUACUAAAUACGAUUCAACACAAUUAAUGACUGAAAAGAAAAUACUGAACAAAAAUCUCAAUGAUUUGGACCCCAAUCUCAAUGAUAACCCCAAUAAUGAUAUGAAUGGCAAAAAGCAAAACAAUUUUGAUUGUCAUAUAAGUGAUAAUAAACGCAACAAAUCUUUGGCUGAGACUACUAGUGAUGAGAUGGAAGUGCCGUAUAAGGAGCUACUCAUUGCCACCGAUGACUUCGCUAAGGAACGGGUGUUAGGGAAUGGAGGCUUUGGCACCGUAUAUAAGGGCGAGUGGAAGGGCACUAAUGUGGCCAUUAAGAGGCUUAAAGGGUUCAAUGACAUAUCUCAAGCGUUGACUGAACUCCGAGUACUGAAUAGGUAUCGAAUCGACAAUAUUUUGCCCAUUUAUGGCGUGAGUCUGGACGGCGUGGAGCCCUGUCUGGUGUACCAGUAUAUGCCCAACGGGUCACUCGAGGACAGACUGCUUUGUAAGGCCAACACAAAGCCCUUGGUAUGGCCGCAGAGGAUCAACAUCGGCGAAGGCAUCGCCCGAGCGCUCAAUUACUUGCACACACUUAAGGGCAAUGCCUUCGUUCACGGGGACGUCAAGAGUGCGAACGUACUCCUGGAUCAGCUCUUCGAACCCAAAUUGGGUGACUUUGGUCUCGCGCGACAGGUCAGCACCGGUAGUGGUCUCUACACGCACUGUACUGUGAGCGCCGUUCACGGAACCAGUGUUUACCUGCCGUUUGAGUAUCUAAGACAACGGAUAUUGAGUCCAGCCGUCGAUGUCUAUAGUUAUGGCAUAGUUUUGCUGGAAAUGGCGACCGGAAAGCGUGCCUUCGAUGGCAAGAAACUGCUCAUUGACUUCAUUGAGGAUGAGAUUAAAAAUGCUGAUAAAAACGGUAUUAAAGACUACUCAAAGCUGUUGGAUAAGCGCAUAGCCGAUGGCACCGAAUCAGUCAAUUGGUUCGAGUGUUUGCUAGAUUUGGGCCGAAAGUGCGCCCACAGGUCCAAGAAUAGACGACCGCCAAUGAUCCAGAUUCUGAAUGAGUACAACCAGUACAAGACCAGCGAAAGGAUCCGACGGUUGAGCGCUGAGGCACACCAUAACAAGAAUACGACCAGUAUUUCCAAAUCCAAUAUUAAGACACCAUUAGAGUUGCAGUUGUGGUACGAUAUGGUGCGCAAGACUGGCGGCGCUCAAAGCGAGACCAUUUGUCCCACUGUGGGCUCCGAACCAAAUAUGGAUGCCUUUGACUCGUCUAUAUGUCUGUCCAUUGAAUCUAAUGAUGUGUUUGACGAGGAAAGCGAUGGAGUAUUAAAUGGCGAACAAAAUGUGAAACUCGAUGAACAGACUCCCGUCGAUAAGGAUAUGUCGACUCCAUUGCUACCAUUGAUUACUGAAUUAGGGGUCAGUAGUAGUGGUGACAGCGCUGCUAACAUUCAACCCUCAGAUUGA